AUGAGUCCACAGCCUCCAACACGUGCGAACGGCACGGCCCCGACAGCGGACUGCCCCUUCCUGGAGCUGCCGGUCGAGCUGCGAUUGGACAUCUAUGCCUACGCCGUGCUCGAUUAUCGGGAGAUCACAGUCGGUACCGCAAAGCUCGACGGCAGCCAUGCAGACAUCGUCCAUCGACUCUAUGGAAGCGGCCGAUCACCUUUUCCUGGAAUCCCUCACCACCACGAACCCGUCGUCGACACCCGAUAUCAGCCUGCACUUCUCUCACCCGCCAAGCCCGCCGUCAUCCCCUUAACGCCCGCGAAUCUUGAUCCUCGAGAGACAACAUAUGAACAUACCCAAACGGCAUAUCACACCCUUUCUUUGCUGUGUAAGCAAGUCAACGACGAGCUCAAGAGCCAUUUCGCGAUACCGUAUUCCUCCCCUCAUAUGACCCGCUCGGAGCGUUCCAAAAUGCUAACAUUCUCUUCCUCAUACAGCUCUCGUAGAGAGACGAGUCUCUUCGUCCAGUACCCUCAUGGCCUACACCUUCUGCACACCGUCACUCCGCAGCUGCUUCGACAAUCACGUAGUGUGCACCUCGCAGGAACCUACAUCCCUCGAAGCUUUUGUCCGCCGCGUGCGGCCUGUUUGGGCCCACGGCUCGCUCCACCGCAAGAGAAGCUACACGGCGAUGUCAUCCCCGAAUCCACGUCUCAGUUAGCCGAUUUGAUCAAAGGCAUGUUCGGUCCCGAUGCACCUAAUCCGGUCGAGAAGAUGGAGAUGCGAAUCUACUAUCCGGGAGAUGAUUCGUACAGCACCGUCUGGGGUGACGAUAGCUCGCCCAUAGUCGUCGCACUGAGGCAUGUCCAUCUUGGAGAGGUAGGUAUUGAGAUCUGGAGAGGUCGAUAUGGAACUGGGGUCUACCUCACCGUUUCACCCACAUCGGAGAAGAAGCGAGUGGUGAGCACGGUGUGGAGACGUCUCGAGGAGGGGAGAAGAGGUGAGCCAGAAUGCGGCAGCUGGGUUGUAGACUCUGACUGGCCUGCGUGGAAUGCGGAAUACGAAAUGUCAGAGGGCCCCCGGGGCGACACGAUCAUUUCCGUACCCAGAUGA